UCUAGUUAGAACGGACCCAAAAGUCAUACGGCAACUUUCUUGAAAUUAUGUAUACUUCCUAAACAUACGUUUUCGAUUAAGAGCCAGAGAAAAAGUGACUAAAAACCAAGAUUUUUAUUAAAGGACAGACUAUCAACAGAUCCUAGGGUUGAUAAUGGAGUACAAUCGCCAGCCUUGUCCCAUCAGGAUUGUUGAGGAUUGCGGGUGCGCCUUUAUGAUGGGCACAAUAGGAGGAUCCAUGUUUCAGUAUCUGAAGGGUUUGCGCAACGCUCCGGCGGGUUUACGGCGAGGCCUCUAUGGCGGCUUCGAGUCAGUCAAGCUGCGGACUCCGGCCAUCGCCGGUAGCUUUGCCAUCUGGGGCGCCACCUUUAGUACGGUGGACUGCAUCAUGAUCUCGUAUCGCCAGACGGAAGACUCCUGGAACUCGAUUGUCAGUGGAGCGGCCACUGGCGGCAUUUUGGCAGCACGCAAUGGCAUUCGGGCCAUGGCCAACAGUGCCUUUGUGGGCUGCCUCGUUUUGGCCAUGCUUGAAGGAGCUGGAGCGGCAGUGGCUACGAUUUAUGCAGCCGACGAAGGUGGCACAGUAACCACUGAUGGCCAGAAACCUAAGCGACCCGAAUGGGAAACUUCCAUUGUGGAUUUGGAAAGACCGGGUUCCUCCCAGGGUCAGGAUUUGUCUGUGACGGAGUUCGAGCGGGUGCUGGAAAAAUGCCGGGCUUAUAGGGACCACAACACGACCCAGCGGGAAAUGCCUUUGGAUGCAGUGGGGGGCAUGGAACCGCCGCGAACGGAGAACCCAUCGCACUCGCUACUCGAUCUGGUCAAGCUGGCCGAAAUUAUCUGAUACCGUCCCCGAAAAGAGCUUUAUGUUUUUGUGGUGCUUCUUCCAAAUUAUUUGUUAACCCACCUAUAUUUCCUGUUGAUCUAAUUUUGUAUUGUGCAG